CUUUUAUUUGUGGUUGACGUGAAAUUGUCAUCCAUCACAAAAUCUUAAAAAGGAAUCCAAAACCAAUUACCUUUAUUAGAGAAAACAACGAAUUUUAUAAUCUCCAAAAAUGGUGGAGUUUCAAUUCCCCUUCUUUAACCCAAAAUCCAUCACCAUGCUCGUCUUUUUGUUUUUCAUUUCAUGCUACUACCUGUGGCAGAAGUGGCAACAGUACAAAUCUACUGAACCGAAACAAGCUCCAGCACCGCCGGGAGCAUGGCCGAUUAUAGGCCACCUCCAUAUGCUCCACAAUGUGAAGCUCCCCCAUCAUGCUCUUGGAGCCAUGGCCGAUAAAUAUGGGCCCCUCUUCCGGCUGCAGCUGGGGUCACGGUCGGCUUUGGUGGUGAGCAGCUGGGAAAUGGCCAAGGAAAGCAUGUGUGUUAACGACGCUGCUGCCGCCUCCCGGCCUGGCGUCUCCGGUACCAAACAUUUUUCCUAUGACUUCGCAGCAUUCGGGUUAGCUCCUUACAGUCCUUACUGGAGGGAGAUUCGUAAGGUUACUCACAUGGAGCUCCUCUCUAAUCCACGCGUUGAUCAGUUUAAGAACACCAUGUUUGGUGAGGUGAAGACAUCAUUAAGAGAGCUGCACGAAACAUGGGCAGCACAGAAGGAUGGAUCGGGUCAGGUUGAAGUGGAGAUGAAGCGUUGGUUUGGGGAUGUGAUAGUGAAUAUGCUUCUGAAGAUCAUCAUCGGAAAACGAUGUGUCGGUCCAAACGCCGAGGGAGGUGAAAAACAAGCUAAAGAUUUUCAGUUGGCAAUUAGGGACUCAUUCCAUUUGAUGGGUCAGGGGUUGUUGAGAGAUUAUAUUCCUCUGAUUGGCCGGCUCGGAUUUAAUGGACAAGUGAAGGUGAUGGAGAACAUAGCCACACGAUUCGACAUGGUUCUAAGGGAAUGGCUGGAUGAACACAAACUUAAUAGAACUUCUUCAUGUUGUGGUAGAAAAGAUGGAGAUUUUAUGGAUGCUCUUGUUUCUCUAUAUGAUGGCAAAGAGAUUGAAGGUUACUAUGAUGGUGAUACCAUCAUCAAAGCCACAACCCUCAAUAUGGUAGCCGGUGGAACUGAAAGCACGACAGUAACUCUAACAUGGGCGAUGUCAUUGUUAAUAAAUAACCCACACGUCCUCGAAAGGGCACAGCAAGAGCUCGACACGGUGGUUGGCCGAGACAGACAACUGAAGGAGUCGGACAUACCAAAUCUUGUUUAUUUAAAGUCCAUAAUCAAAGAGACUAUGCGAAUGUAUCCAGCAGGGCCUUUAUUAGGACCACGUGAGUUCUACAAGGACUGCAUUGUAGCUGGCUACUUUGUCCCCAAAGGCACCCAAUUGAUCCCAAACAUUUGGAAGAUCCAAACAGAUCCACGUGUAUGGCCUGACCCGUUCGAGUUCAAGCCAGAGCGGUUCUUGACAACCCAUAAGAAUGUGGAUUUGAAAGGGAAUAAUUUUGAGUUGAUUCCAUUUGGGAGUGGAAGGAGAGGUUGCCCUGGACUUGCUUUUGGACUUCAAAUGGUGCAUUUUGCUUUGGCUGGGUUUUUACAUUCCUUUGAUGUCAAAAACCCAACCAAAGAACCUAUUGAUAUGUCAGAGAAUUUUGGAAUGGCUAAUGAGAAAGUUGUUCCUCUGAAUGUUUCGGUCACGUCACGGUUACCUUCUCAUCUUUACACAAUAAAUUAAUCAAGCUCUUCUCAUGGUGAAUUUUAUAUCGCCACUUCCUUUUAUUUAACGUGUAAUGUUUAUCAGUUUAUCUUAAAUAUAUUGUUGCCACACAACAAAGGCUACAUUUUGUGGUAUACCGCUUAAGGGUCCUUUUAUCCAUAUAUAUUAUUAGAAAUAAUGUUAUUAAAAGUUAGUAAGUCUUCA